UCAAUAUAUAUAUAUACUUUAAAUUAAUCAAUUCUUCUUCUUAAUUUUUUAUUAAAAUACACUUCAAAUAUAUAACUUUUAAAAUUUCUGAAAAUUAAUAACUUUAUAAAUAAAUAAAAUAUCAUAGUUGCAACAUUAUUAAUUUAUAAUUUUUUAUUGUACGUUAUCAGAGUACAUAUAAAUGAAUAUAAAGACCGAAAAUUGAACAUAGUUAUUUAUCUGCAAUUAAUUAGGAAUCACACUUUAUAAACAACUUAGCUUUUGCGUGCUAUAUAAUAUUUAAUAAAACUAAAUAAGAAACUGGUUGAAUCUCAAAGGAGUCUUUAUAUAGGGAUAAUCUAUUUGGGUAUUGUGUACUUGUCACAAGAAAAGAUGAAGAGAUUCAACAAUGGCGUUUUCCACUUCGUGGUUUUUAUCUCUAUUCUUCUUUUUCUGGGUCCAGGGCUCUCCAUGCAUCCUUUCUCCUACGAUCAUUCUCUAAAAUCAGAGUGCCUCAUGGAGCUUCCACAAACUAUAAACACUGGAGAAGGAUUCCAAGAAUUGAAGAUCAUAGAAAACGGAAAAGUAGUAGAGAGAGUUAAUCUUCAGAAAGGGGGCAUAUACAGCAUAUCUGCUUGGGUAAAGUUGAGGAAUGAGAAGGAGAGAGCAGUGAGAAUAACUUUGAGGGGAAAGAAUGUCAGAUACGUUGAUGGAGGUCAAGUUAUAGCGAAGAAAGGAUGCUGGUCUUUGCUUAAAGGCGGUUUUAUCGUCAAUGUCUCGGCCCCUGUCGACAUUUUCUUCAAGAGUGAUGACUCAGCGGCCGCAGAGAUAAAUAUACAAAACGUGAGGUUGCAACGGUUCAACAAAACACAGUGGAGACUCCAACAAGACCAAGUCAUUGAAAAGAUUCGAAAGAGCAAAGUGAGAUUUCAAGUGAGUUUUCAGAACAAAAGCACAGUAGAAGGAUCAUUGAUUUCCAUAAAACAGAUCAGACCAUCGUUCCUCCUUGGCUGUGCUAUGAAUUACCGAAUCUUGGAAAGUGAUAGCUAUAGAGAAUGGUUUGUGUCACGGUUUAGACUAACUUCCUUCACAAAUGAAAUGAAAUGGUAUACAACUGAGGAAGUGAGAGGACAAGAGAACUACACAUUGGCUGAUGCAAUGAUGCAGCUUGCGGAGGAAAACAAGGUUCUUGUCAAGGGACAUACGGUUUUGUGGGACGACAAGAAAUGGCAGCCAAUUUGGGUUAAGUCUAUAACUGAUUCUGACGAUCUUAAAAAUGUGACUCUCAACAGAAUGAACUCAGUUAUGAAGAGAUAUAAAGGGAGGUUAAUUGGAUGGGAUGUGAUUAAUGAGAAUUUGCAUUACAGCUAUUACGAGGACAUGCUUGGGAAAAACGCUUCAGCUAUGAUCUACUCGUUGGCCUCUAAGAUUGAUCCUGAUAUACCAUUGUUCAUAAACGAGUACAACACCGUAGAGUAUGCAAAAGAAGGAGUUGGGAGCCCGAUCAACGUGAAGAAUAAGAUGGAAGAGAUUGUUUCGUACCCAGGAAACAUGAAUAUCAAAGGAGGGAUUGGAGCACAAGCUCACUUUGUUCCAGCACAGCCUAAUUUGCCUUACAUGAGAUCUGCUUUAGAUACGUUAGGUUCUCUGGGUUUUCCAGUUUGGCUUACGGAGGUUGAUAUGCCCAAGUGCCCGGAUCAGGUUAAAUACAUGGAGGAGGUUCUGAGAGAAGCUUACUCGCAUCCUGCAGUCCAAGGCAUAAUCUUAUAUGCGGGGCCUGAGAUGUCAGGUUUCAACAAGUUAACUCUUGCGGACAAUGAUUUCAACAACACAGAAGCAGGAGAUCUCAUUGACAAGCUGCUCCAAGAGUGGCAACAAGAACCUGCAGAGAUUCCUGUUGAAUACCACGAACAUAAUGAUGAAGAACAAAGUCGAAUUAUUGGCUUUUCUCCAGAGGUUUCCUUGCUGCAUGGACAUUACACAGUUACUGUAACUAAUCCAUCGAUGAAGAACUUCUCCACUACCUUCAGCUUGGAGGUAACUACGGAGACGGGUCAACUACAAGUGGUUCAACUUGAACUUGAUGUUUAAAUACCGAACCAUAUCACUGCGAAUCAUCCCAUCAAAGGGACUAUACAAUGUAUUAUUUCUCUUCUUAUUAGAAUGCUGAAAAACAACAACCCAAUCAAAAUUAUAUUCUCAUGGAA